AUGACACGUUCUGCAAUCCUCUACGUCAAUGAGGUGGCGUAUCCGAUCAUGGCGGCAUUUGGCAUCCCUGCAAACAUUCUGACGGCUGUGAUCUUGUACCAGGAAAAGUUCGGACUCUCCCGAGGAAUUACUCGCUAUAUGAUGGCGAUGGUGAUCUCCGCCCUGCUCGUGAUAACCUGGCAUGUGUUGCUUCGAGAAAUAUUCAUUUACUAUCACCCUAACUCCUUCCUGUCCCUCAGAACAGUGUGCCCUUUUAAUAUUUACCUGCGGAUCGUCACCUUGGAUUAUUCCGUCUGGUUAACUGUGUCCUUCACAUUUGACCGUUUUGUUAGCAUUUGCUGUCCGAAGCUGCGCCUCAGAUAUUGUACGGAUAGGACGGCUGUUGUGGUUAUUGUUUCCUUAUGCGCCCUGAGCCUGUUAAAGUACGUUCCUUUUCAUUUCAUGUACGAGCCUCGCUACAUCAUGGAUAACGUGAACUGGGGUUGUCAGCCAAAAGCCGCCUACUUCACCUCUAACUUGUGGGCGGUUUUCUCUUGGAUGUGUAGCAUAUCAUUUUCCUUCCUCCCGUUCGUUCUUAUCCUGCUGUUGAACGGACUAACCGUUAAGAACAUUGUAGCAGCCAACCGGGUCCGACGACAUUUAAAGGGACUUAAAGUCAAAGAUAUUGAGGGGGGAAAUCGGCGCAAAUCUGUUGUCUUACUCUUCACUGUGUCGGGCACUUACAUACUACUGUGGACAACGGAAACUGUGACUUUCAUCUGCACUCGGAUCACAGUCAAUUUCCUUGGCGGGGAUCUCACAAGCCCCUCUUACAUCGCUAAUGAGGUGGGGGUGUUACUCAUGCUCCUCAACUCCUGCGUUAAUACGUGUAUCUAUGCAUUGACCCAGCGCAAAUUCAGACAGGAAGUGAAGAAUACACUUAAACAUUUAGCACAGUUUAUUUAUAAAUGUAAGAAACUUGCUCCGCAGUGGGCUUAA